CUAUGAAUAAAUAAUAUUUUGAAAUAAAAAAAAAGUAGGUAUUUAAUUUUUCGUUUAUGUUGAAAUUGUCCUAUGAAGCCGGGCCCCGCGGUCGGUGUGAAAGUCAAGAGGUUGCUGGUUCAAAACGGAGAGAUGGAAGAUAUCCAGGCACGUGUUCAAAAUGCUGUUAAUUCUAUGAUCACACAAUUAGAUCAAGAAUGCCUUAGAAAGAUGCAGGGUGAUAUGUACCGAUGUGGUGCCAGUUGCUGUGAUAACGUCAAUUCAAAUAUGGAAGAUGUGCACCGCUGCAUCGACCGAUGUUCAGAGCCAGUGAACCGUGCACAGAGUUUAAUUCAGAAUGAAAUACAAAUGUUCCAGGAUCGUCUACAGCGCUGUGCCCUCGACUGCAAAGACCAAGUUCGUGACAAGAUGAACCCUACCUCCACGGAUAUGACCCAGUAUCGCGGAGAGCUCGAGACUUGCGUGCGGAAGUGCUCAGAGACUCAUAUUAAUUUGAUACCAACUCUUAUGAAACGCAUACGGGAGACAAUAGCAGUGCAGUCAAAGUAGCACAUGGAUCUUCAAGUCACAGCAGAGUUUGGGUGGAUGAACGGGUGGAUUGGGUGAGUGGAUGGAUGGAUGGACGGAUGGAUGAUAGCAAUCAUUGUUUAUGUUUCCUUGUUGGUUUUGGUGCUCAUCCCUCCCGUGGACAUAUGCAGGUAUCACCUGAUCAAGAGAAACAUUGCAGAGGUUUUCUUGUUGGUUGGGUGGAUGGGGCAGCGGAUAUGAGGCAUAUUGGUGGAGAAAUGCAAUUGGAAUUACAAGAAUCCUAACUGGAAUUGCAAGAGUUCUAACUAAGAGAUAAUAAAAAUUCUUAUAAAGUGAAAGUGAACCGUUUUGUGUUUGUUGUCAUUUCUAGUCUUUGACAGCAAUAAGUGGAAGCAGCAAGGACUUAUUCCCGUAGAAGGAAUUCUCACAAUCGGUAAGAAUUCUUACUGCUGGUAUGUGACUAGUUUUUACUUCACAAACCUCCACUAAGUAAAAUGUGUUUUGAUGAUAAUAAUUUAAUUCUUCUAAAGUGGCAAACUUGCAGAACCAUUAGCACACAGAGACAAAAUGCUCAGUGGCUUUUUCAUCAGUCUUUACGUUCUGAGUUCAAAUUCUGCCAAGGUCAAUUUUGCCUUUCAUCCUUUUGGGGUCGAUAGAUUAAGUACCAGUUGCGUACUGGGGUCGAUGUGAUCAACUAGUCCCCUCCCCACAAAUUUGAGGCCUUGGGCCUCCGGUAAAAAGGAUUAUUAUUAUCAUUAUUAUUAUUAUUAUUAUCGAGGUGGCGAGCUGGUAGAAUCAUAAGCUUGGCGAAAUGCUUAGUGGUAUUUCGUCUGUCGCUACGUCCUGAGUUCAAAUUCCACCAAGGGCGGCUUUGCCUUUCAUCCUUUCGAUAAAAUAAGUCCCAGUUGACUACUGGGGUCGAUGUAAUCAACUGACCCUUCUCCAAACUUGCCAGCCUUGUGCCAAAAUUUGAAACCAAAAUUUCAAUUUUGUUUUCCAGAAUCCAUUCUUGCUUUCCAACAAUGCUCUGCAAAAGGUUUUACAAAAUGUGGGAAUACAUACAAGAAAUUAUUAAGAAAAAAAUGAACCAGAAGUGGAGCAAAAAAACAUUAUCACAGGUGUGGCUUUGUGGUAAGAAGCUUGCUUCCCAACCACAUGGUUCCAGGUUCAGUCCCACUGUGAGGCACCUUUAGCAAAUGUCUUCUACUAAAGCCUCGAGCUAACCAAAGCCUUGUGAGUGGAUUUGGUAGACGGAAACUGAAAGAAGCCCGUCGUAUAUAUAUGUGUGUGUGCAUGUGUAUAUAUCUAUAUAUAUGUGUGUGUCUGUGUUUGUCCCACCACCACCAUGUGACAAUUGGUGUUGGUGUGUUCCCAUCCCCAUGACUUAGCAAGUUUGGCAGAAGAGAUCAAUAGAAUAAGUACCGGGCUUUAAAAAAAAUUCCCGGGGUUGAUUCAUUGGACUGAAAUUUUUCAAGGCGGUGCUCCAGCAUGGCCACAGUCCAUUGGCUGAAAAAAGUAAACGAUAAAUAUAAUUUCUUAAAUUAUAUAAAAAGAAAUUAAAUUAUUUUAAAGUCUAA